AUGGAGGCUGCUAUAUAUCAACAACAUUCCCCAUUCCUCGCCGACCUCGACCCCGACGCCCUACCCGCCCCCGCCGCCCCCUACGCCGACUUCGACCUCGACCCCCUCGGCGCCAAGCUCGCCACCCACCCGCCCCCGACGCCCUCCUACAACGGCUCCUACGCAGGCUCGCCCUACACCUCCUACUCCGACCUCAGCUACGAUCCCGAUCAGCCGAUCGUCACCGACGCGCAGUACGACCCCUCCGUAGGCCUCGGGCUCUACAACGAUCACGGCGACUCGGGCUACGACCCGUCCCAGUACGACGACCCGCACGCAUCGCCCGGGCUGCUCAUGUUCGCACCCGAAUUCAUGAACGGCGUCCAGCCCUAUGAUGCCCACAACCCGCGCGUGUCCGUCGACGUCGCCCCGCCGCCCGAUGCCCGCGGAUCGCCCUCGGCGUUCGACCACUCCUCGCCGUCCUCCGCGGGGGACGCCAUCCGAUCUCGCGCCUCCUCCCUCUCGUCGAACAACACCCAUCACUCGCCCCGACCCACCUACAACCCCAGCUUGGCGUACGAUCAGCCCUCCCCGCAUCAGCAGUAUGCCCAGCUCCAGAGGACGUCGCUCUCGCCUCCUCACAAGCCGAGCUCGCCCCCGACGCUCCUCAUCCCGGACACGACGAGCAGCCCCUCGGGCCCGAGCAUGUUUCCCCAGGGCGAAAACACGCCGAUGAUCAAUGCACCCGACGGCGAAGGCGGCAUGGUCGGCCCGAGUCUCAACAUCGUCCCCGCCACCCCCGUUGGUGGCGGCGCCAACGCCGCCUCCGAUGCUUCUGCGCUGCGCGUUGACGCCAACGCGGGGCCCUCGACCUGGAACGGCAAUCACAGCGCCAACGCCGGUCCUUCCCGUCCCCAGCAGAACAACGGCCAGAUGACGUUCCACUUCCCGCCGGCGCAUCAAGCGGCCGACGCCGUUGCCGGGCCCAGCGACCUCGCGUCGACGACCUUCCUCGUCCCGACGCCGGCGAACCCGAUCCGCGGCCGCAGCUACUCCGACACGUCCCACGGCCCGCCGCUGUGGGACACCCCCGGCCGACCCACCGCGGGCGGCUCGGCGGUCGACGACGGCGGCCUUCUAGCGCCCAACGACUUCCACCCGCAGUACGCCCAGCAACAACAACAGCAACCGGGGAUGCAGCACCAUUACUCGUUCGGCCCGCCGAGCUCCGAUAUGGGCGUCGGCGCUCCCCAGCGUUAUCUCCUCCCGCCAGAGGUCGCGCCCGGCAUGGGCGGCAUGGGCAUGGUCGCGGGCGCGCCGCUCCGCCGGGUGCGCUCGGACAGCGGCCAGCCCCGGCCGGGACACACGCGGCAGGUGCGCUCCGAAGACAUCCGUGUGAGCCCGUCGCUCGGCGCCGGCCAGCCGGGCGGGGGCCUGCUCCAUCCCCUCUUCCCGUCGGGCCAUCUGCUGCACCCCCAUCAUGGACGUGAGAUCGUGCCGAACAUCAACCGGACGCAUCACCGUCGGGGGAGCUCCGGCGGGGCGGGGUCGUCUGGGGGGAGCAGGCGAGGGUCGCCGUAUCCGAGCCCGAACGCGAGUCCGAGGGCGUACGAUUCGAUGCAGCUCGCGCCCGACGUCGGGGCGGGGUACGAGCUCGACAUGGGCGGCGGUGGUAUGGCGCCGAUCGCUGGACGGCGGUAUUCGGCGGGCGGGGCGCAGCAGGAUUAUAUGAAGCUCGGGGACAUGCGGUUGGCGGACAGCGCCGAUCUGAACGAGAUGGGGCUGAUGUCGGGGAUGGGCAUAGGUGUGGGCAUGAACCCCGGCAUGGGGAUGGCGCAGUCGCAGCCGCAGCAUCAGGCGGGUGGCCAGCAGGGCGGCGUGCAGGGCGGCGUGCAGGGCUCAAUGGCGGUGAGCAAGGUGAACGUCACGACGCACGCGACGAAGGACGCGAGCGAGAAGAGGAGGAAGGUGGACGCUGCGUUCAUAUGCCCGGUGGUUGGAUGCGGAAGCACGUUCACCCGGCACUUCAACUUGAAGGGACACAUGCGAUCCCAUAACGAGGAGAAGCCGUUCAAGUGCAAGUGGCCCGGGUGCCAGAAGAGCUUCGCGCGUCAGCACGACUGCAAGCGUCACGAGAAUUUGCAUCUCAACAUCCGGCCGUUCACGUGUGAGGGGUGCAAGAAAACCCUGUUCAUAGUCCUUCGUCUUACGUAG